UCGGAGCUGUAAUUUAUUCAGCCCAGCUCGCUUUUAUUUCAGCUCUAAUCUCAAGCCCAGGUUUAACACCUGAUUUGCAGUGACUGCCUCCUGAUUUCCCCACCGAAGGGCUGCUCUGAGGGCGGCUGAGCCGCCGCUGUGUCCUGAGCGUGAGCUGUUCCUCCUGUUACUCACCAGCAGCUCAGACCUUUUCCACCCACCAAGUUUGAGUGUUUCCCGUGGAGCAGCCGCCUCCCCCCGAGCACCCGCCGCGCUGUGUCGCACUAAUUCGCCGGGUGCUUCACAAGCUUUGUCUCUCAGUGGCUUUUGGAGAGUGUUGGAAGUCGUCAGGAUCCAGAUGGGCUCCGUCGGGAAUGCUAGCGGGACGGGAGCGGCGCUGGGAGCGGCUCGCUGAGCUCUGGCCGGGCUGGGCUUGCCUGGAACUCCGCGGGAGGAGAGGUGUGUGAUCCUGUGUGGCUUUGCUGGACUCCAAGAGGAUCUGCUCGGUGCCUGGGAAAUCGAAUUCCCCCAUUGUUCAGCUGUAAAAUAGCUGCACCAGGCCGUGAUUGGCAAAGGACUGGAUGCCCAGGUUGCUUACAUCACGUAGGCAGCUGCCACCGAAAUGACACACUUGAUUGAAGGCCAAAAGAACCAUAUACGUAACUGCCUGUGAUUAAGCUCCAUAUGAUGCCUCAGAGCAAGUAAAAACCCCUCCUUCAUCUCAGCUUGCUUGUAACGAGACAGCCGUUGCAGGGAUAUCAUUUGGGUCAUGUUGUGGCUUUUGGGGGAUUUUUUGGGGUUGUUUUGGGCUGGGUUUUUUUUGCUUCUGGCUGUAAACUUCCAUGACCUGCACCAAUCUGCUGUUGCACCCUUGCGUGAUGCCCCAUGAGAGCCUGGUGCUGUAGGUGUGCUGAUAGCUGGGAAUACAGAUUUUAUCAGGGAGAAGAUGCCAUUCCACCAUGUGACAGCUGGCUUGUUGUACAAGGGCAACUACCUGAACCGCUCGCUCUCCGCCGGCAGCGACAGCGAACAGCUCGCCAACAUCUCCGUGGAGGAGCUGGAUGAAAUCCGGGAGGCUUUCCGAGUGCUGGACAGGGAUGGGAAUGGCUUCAUCUCCAAGCAGGAGCUGGGCAUGGCGAUGCGCUCGCUGGGGUACAUGCCCAGUGAGGUGGAGCUGGCCAUCAUCAUGCAGCGCCUGGACAUGGAUGGGGAUGGCCAGGUGGAUUUCGAUGAGUUUAUGACCAUCCUGGGCCCCAAGCUGGUGUCGUCGGAGGGCAGGGAUGGCUUUCUGGGGAACACAAUAGACAGCAUAUUCUGGCAGUUUGACAUGCAGAGGAUAACGCUGGAGGAGCUGAAGCACAUCCUGUACCACGCCUUCCGCGACCACCUCACGAUGAAGGACAUCGAGAACAUCAUCAUCAACGAGGAGGAGAGUCUCAAUGAGAACUCUGGCAACUGCCAAACAGAGUUUGAAGGUGAGGGAGGAACUUUCUGGGUUUCUAAACAAUUAUCCUCUUCCUGAUUUGUCUGUAAAACCCACUCUGUGCCGUGACAUGCAACGGGCAGGGAGGUGUGGAGUUAGUGGGGAGUUAUUUUAGAGAAGCAAUGACACACUUGGAGAGCUGCAGAGCUGCCACCAG